CUCUCUUAGAGGGAACACGAUGUUGAACAAUAUUUUGAAUUUACUGCGUACUAUCACCUUGGAACCAUCAAUGAUGCUGUACUACACUGCCUGUGCCAUGACUUUUGGAAACGGGCAGAACUUGCUACUCCAGAAGAUAUGUCACCCUGGCGAUUCUCAUCCUUCCACUGCGACUUGUCAGGACGAGGUACAUGCCCAACAGUUGUCUACACAGCUCCAGACGUGGAAACAAAUCAUCGUCCUGUUUGGACCAGUCUUUUUCGUCCUCUUCGCCGGUCCGUGGAGCGACAACCAUGGCAAGCGAAGGAAGCCACUCUUGUACCUCCCUCUCUGUGGACAGAUUCUUUCAGAUCUCCUCUGCAUCGUCAACGUCUACUUCUGGAGUUGGUCACCAGUAAUCGCAACCCUGUCAGAGUCGAUCCUACCUUCACUAACUGGAGGCCAAGCUUGUUUUCUAAUCGGCGUGAACAGUUACAUAUCCGAUAUAACUACAGACUCUUCCAGAACAAUCCGAUUGGGGCUUUGCACUGCAAUUUACUUCCUCGGAACUCCGCUGGGAGCGUUUAUUUACGGAUUGGUUGUUCACACCAUUGGCUUUUAUGGUGUCUUUUCUGUUUGCGUUGUUCUAAAUUUAGUAGCGCUUGUUUACCUGUAUUUGUUUGUGAUUGAAAACAAGUGUGAUGGUGAGAUCUGUGAAUUAAACACAUGGGAGGGCUUGCUUGAUAUGAGAAACAUCGUUCAGUCGUUCAGGACAAUUAUCAGACCAAGGAAAGGCUGGAGAAGAGCUGUUAUACUUAUAAUGAUUGGAGUUGCACCUCUGACUAUGGCUCCUUUGCAAGGUAAGAUCAAAUAG